AAAACAUCCCUCGGUAAAAAUCCAGAGUUGCGCCCCCUGUUGAAAACGAAAGAAGAACAUGGCCAACGCUGACGACACGAAGCUGAAGAUUCUCUGUCUACAUGGAUACAGACAAAAUGGCCAGACAUUCCGGGAGAGAACUGGGGCAUUCCGAAAGAUCAUUAAAAGUAGAGCAGAACUAGUGUUUAUGACAGCCCCUAACCGGGUUCCACCAUUGCCCGGGCAAGAGGUUGACACACCCACUGACACGCCUGACAAACAAGUUGACCAGAUGGGAUGGUGGUUUUCACAAGAGGAUGACUUUUAUAUGGCUCAAGAUUAUACAGACUGCUGUAAAGGCUACAAAGAGUCACUGGACACAGUAACACAGGUCUUUCAGGAACAGGGUCCUUUUGAUGGUGUGCUUGCCUUUAGUCAAGGGGCUGCUUUCUUAUCCCUGAUCUGUGCUUUGAGGGAACGUAGCCCUACAGACACACCGUACCAGUUUGACUUUGCGAUCCUUGUGGCAGGAUUCAAGAGUCGUCAGUCCAUGCACCAAGACCUGUACACUUCAAAGGUGUCUCUACCCUCCCUACAUGUGUUUGGUGACACAGACAAGGUCAUACAGAAAGAAAUGAGUGAAGAACUUCUGCCCUGUUACACUGACACAGUUAUAUUACAACAUCCAGGAGGGCAUUUUAUCCCAGCCUCAGGACCACAGAAAAAGGUCUACACUCAGUUCCUGGAUGUGAUGCUGGAGAAGAGGAAAACCCGAACUUGAUUCUCGAGGAGUGACAAUUUUACACAAUAAAGUGAUAGAAAGGUGA